AUGAAAGCGAAUAUUGCAGGCAAGGACAUCAACUUGAAGAUCGACACAGGGUCCCAAGCAAACUUGAUGCCACUGUCGCUUUACCGGAAAAUUCAAGCCUGUCCAGUGAAAGCACGCAACGCGGUUCUACGAUCGUAUAACGGCGGCAUCAUCAAACAGCUUGGCACAUUUUCGUCGCACGUGACCAUUGGUGACCGGAGCGUCUGCACAGACUUCUUCGUGAUUAAGAAAGACGCCCUCCUGGGUCUGAAAGCCGCGGUGGACCUGGGGCUGAUCAAACGGAACGUUGAUGCCGUAACAAACAACAGCGCCUCCGCGAUCGUCGAUGAAUUUCCGCAGCUUUUUCAAGGAACAGGCCGUCUACAACGCGAGUACAGGAUCACCCUUCGCGAGGGUGCUGUGCCCGUCAUCCAGCCAGCCAGACGAGUGCCUUUGGCGCUGCGAGAACCUCUGCGCGCAGAACUACAGCGAAUGGAAGCGGAAGGCAUCAUUCAAAAAGAGCAACGACUCCGUUCGCAUAAGGGAAAGACAUGGACAAGAAAAGCCAAGGUUCUUGGAUCAGCGGGGCCUCGUUCCUUCCAUGUGCGAACAGAAGACCGGAACAUCCUGCGCCGCAAUCGGGAGCACCUCUUGGAAACGAGCGAGCCCUUUGAGGACACCUCCGACGAAGAUUACGACGAAGAGCAGGCGCUGUACAGCAGUUGA